GCAGGAUGGUUGGAGCGUGGACAUGACAGUUGAGCUGUAGCGAGGAGGAGGAAGAAGAAGAAGAAGAAGAAGAAGAAGAAGCGGCACGAGACCGCAGGAAGAACACCAAAUCCAGCGCGGGGCGGACUGGACUUCAGACUCCGCAUAUGGCUUCAAUGAGCAGCUCAGAGCGACGGGCUUUCGCUCUGAAAAUCAACAGGCACUCUUCUGCAGAGAUCAGACGACACUUCAGUGGGACCUAUGGCUCUCAACACAGCCGAAGCAACUCCAACGCUUCAGCCUCAGUCUGCCUCAUUGUGCCCCCGGCGUAUGAAGCAGUGGAGCCCUUGGACCUGGAGGAAUUCCUGACGUCACAGAUAAGAAGCGGAGACUCAGCCCUGAUGCAGGAACUUGGGGACUUCCCUGACGAUGACCUGAAGGUGGAGCAGGUGGAGAAGGAGUGCCGCACUGUUCGACACUCGGCCCCCGAAGAUGGACUGGAGCUGGAUUCACAUGUGAGAGACUGCGUUGAGAGUUACACCCAGCCGUGGCUCGUGGUCUCUAGAAGGUGUCAGGGGGACGGCUGGAGUGCGUAUUCAGAGCGAGCCGGCCUACACAAACUCCUACGCAAACAGACCUUUGAGUCUGACGUCCAGCCUGAGGACCCACAGGAGCCGGUGAAGUCUCCGACUCUUGCAGGGCUCAACGAUGACUCUGGCCGCACGCUGACCUCCUCCGACUUUAACUUGCGGUGUUUGACCCCGGAUCAGCGGGUGGAGGGGCUGCUGGCCUACAGCAGCCAUGAGGAGCUGGACCGCUUCAAUCACGAGGCACGGCAGGGCAACAGACACCCCGAGCUGUUUGCUCUGUAUCCACCGGCAGACGAGGAUGAUGCGGUGGAGAUUCGGCCAAUCCCUGACUGCCCCAAAGAACACAUUGGAGACCGCAUCCUGGUCCGAUGCCAGACCAUCAAGUUUGAGAUCGACAUCGAGCCACUUUUUGCCACAAUGGCCUUGUAUGACAUCAAAGAGAAGAAAAAGAUAUCAGAGGACUUCUACUGCGAUCUCAACUCAGAGCAGUUUAAAAACUUCUUGAAGCCUCACACUUCACAUGUGGAUCAGUCCACCUUGGCCAGAUCCGCCAUCUUCUCCAUCACCUACCCUUCCCCAGAUAUCUACCUGGUCAUCAAGAUCGAAAAGGUUCUGCAGCAGGGGGAGAUCGGUGACUGCGCCAACCCCUAUAUGACAUAUAGAGAAUGUGACUCUGCAAAGAACAAGGACAAGCUCGAGAAGCUGCGCGGUCAGGCGGAGACGUUCUGCCAUAGGCUAGGUCGCUACCGCAUGCCCUUCGCCUGGGCUACCGUCAAUAUUAUGGAGGUCAUCUCCACUGCUACAAUAGACAGAGACGUCACAGACUCUGACAGCUUGAGAGGAGGUAAAUCCAGCAGUAUUGACCGGAGAGCACAGUUUCCGAGGAGGAAUUCUGAACGUUACAACACCAUCGAUGAUCAGUUUUGUAACAUUUCUGCCUUCAAACCUGCUACCAUCACUAUCAGCACCAUCUUCAAGCAGGAGGGAGAUCGGUUGAGUGAUGAGGACUUACUCAAGUUUUUGUCUGAGAUCAAGAAAACCUCAAUACCCCAGAGGAGAAUCAAGACAAUACCAGGUUCCAUAAAACUUGACAUGUCUCCGGUCCACGACACUCCACUGGCAUGUUUGUCCACUGAGCUCAUCCCUCUGAUUCCUGUGGCUGAGAAGAACAUACGGCCAGUCAAAGAGGUGCUGGAGUUCCCAUCCAGUGAGGUCUAUGUUCCUCACAACAUUUACAGGAAUCUGCUCUUUGUCUACCCCCAGAGGUUAAACUUUGUCAACAGGCUGACGUCAGCAAAAAACAUCACCAUCAAAAUCCAGUUCAUGAGCGGAGAGGACCCAGCCUGCGCUCUUCCUGUCAUUUUUGGGAAAUCAAACGGCCCUGAAUUUCUAUCUGAAGUCUACACCCCUGUUACCUACCAUAACAAGUCUCCAGACUUCCACGAGGAAGUGAAGCUGGCUCUUCCAGCCCGUCUGACAGAGAGACACCACCUGCUGUUCACCUUCUACCACAUCAGCUGCCAGCAGAAACAGAACCAAAGCAGCUGUGAGACGCUCAUUGGAUACUCAUGGCUGCCCAUGGUGAACAAUGAGCGACUUCAGACUGGUCAGUUCUGUCUGCCCAUUGCCUUGGACCGACUACCUGUCAACUAUUCACUUCAGACGCCUGAGAAACUUCCCCUUCAGAUCCCUCCGGUCAAGUGGAUGGAGGGCCACAAGGGACUAUUCAACCUCGAGAUCCAGGCAGUUUCAUCUGUACACACACAGGACAACCACCUGGAGCGUUUCUUCACUCUCUGCCACGCCCUGGAGGGUGGAGCCACAUUCCCGCUGCGCGUCAGGGACGAGAAGAUUCCAGAGAACAAGCUGGAGCAUGAGCUGAAGCUCAGCAUCAUCUCGCUGUCCUCCUCCAGUUUAGAGCCUCUGGUCCUCUUCCUCCAUCUAGUGCUGGAUAAACUCUUCACCCUCAUUAUGCAGCCCAUGGUCAUCGCUGGCCAGACCGCCAAUCUGGCCCAGAUAGCGUUUGAAUCAGUGGUGUCAAUAGUCAACAGUCUACAUAACAGUCAGGAGCUGAUCAGGGACCAGCAGGGGAGAAACAGCCUCUUGUCCACCUACCUUUACUGGGUGUUUCGUCUGCCUGAUCCCCCUCAAGACAUGCACAGUGGAGGUUCAGCGAGUACGUUACCUUCGUCAGAGAGCCGUUACAGCACGAUGGGUCGGGCUACAGCAGCCACAGUGGGCAGUAUGCUCCUCCAGUCCAGGAUCCGCAGCAGCAGCAACCCGGACAUCCCCGCUCCACACAACUCUGCUGAAGACGCCGAGGUCAAAAACAUCCUAAAGGGCCAAAACAACCCAGGCAGUCGCAUGUCCACUUAUGGGGAAGUAACAAACCACCAGAACUCCACUGGAAGCAUCAGGCCAUCAAACAGGAAGCAGUUCCACGAGGAGUUGGCCCUGCAGAUGGUCGUCAGCACCGGGGUCUGCAGAGAAAAUGCAUACAAAUAUGCCUGGUUUUUCUUUGAACUGCUGGUGAAAAGCAUGGCUCAGCAUGUGUCCUAUCUCGACAAGCACAACGUCCCUCGAAGAAGCCGCUUCUCUGAUCGAUUUAAGGAUGACAUCACCACUAUUGUCUCUGUGGUAACAGCUGAGAUCGGCACCAUCCUUAUCAAACAGCAUAAGGAGGUAGAGCAAGCAGAGAAAGUCAACAUCAGUCUGGCCUUCUUCCUCUACGACCUGCUGUCUCUCAUGGACCGAGGAUUUGUCUUUCAGCUGGUGAAAAACUACUGCAACCAGAUGUCAGCUAAGAGUGUGUCAAUGCCAACACUGAUCAGCAUGCGUCUUGAGUUCCUGCGAAUCCUGUGCAGUCACGAGCACUACCUCAACCUGAGCCUCUUCUUCAGCAGCCCCGCCUCCGCUCCUGCCUCACCAUGUCCCUCUAUCUCCUCACAGAGUUCUGGCUCCAUUGGUUUCCAGGAGCAGCAGAGGAUCAUGGCUCUGUUUGAGCUUUCUCAGGAGUUCAAGCAGCAGCACUACCUCACCGGUCUGCUGCUGACGGAGCUCAGCGCGGCUCUCGACUUGGAGUCGGAGGGGGGAAAGGUCCAGAGAAAGGCUAUCAAUGCCAUCUACAGCCUACUGUGUUCCCAUGAUCUUGACCAUCGCUGUAUCAAACCAGAGGUCAGAGCCAAGGUGGCAGCUCUCUAUCUCUCCCUGGUGGGGAUUAUCAUCGACUCCACCAACUAUCUGGACUUCACUGUUUCUGAUGCACGCGGCGGGAAAAACAAGACGGGCGGACCUGAGGAUGACCUUGAAAAUGUCCCAGCCAUCAAUCAGUCUGUUGCCAUGGCAAUUGCCGGGAACCCCUUCAACACGCUAGGACGGAAUGUUCUUGUUUCCAUGGCAUCCUUGCAAGGUAAAUCCACAGCCACCCUGGCAGCAGACACCAGUCGCCACCUGUUGGUGUGUUUCCUCUGGGUGAUGAAGAACGCAGACAGGACUCUGAUUCAGCGCUGGACCGUAGACAUGCCUCCCUCGCAGCUGAACAAGCUGCUGGAGCUCCUCACUAUCUGUGUGUCCUGUUUCGAUUACAGGGGUAACCAGAGCAGUGACAAAGUGAGCACCCAGGCCUUACAGAAAUCCCAGCAGGCAAAGCUGCAGCUGGAAGAAGCCCUGCUGAGAGGAAUGGGCGCCCGUGGGGAAAUGAUGAGACGAGUCGGAGGAAUGGAUAAGACUAUGGGCCAGAAGGAGCACCUACGAUGGAGGAAAGACCUCACUCAGUGGAGACAGACGAAUGACAGACAGGAUAAGACUAAAGCGGAGUUGGACCAGGAGGCUCUGAUCAGUGGGAACUUAGCCACAGAGGCGAACCUUGUAGUGCUGGACCUGCUGGAAACCAUCGUACAGGCGGUGCCAUUGGCCGACUGUAAGGACAGCGUGGUUGGCGGUGUGUUGAAGGUGUUACUCCACUCUCUCACCUGCAACCAGAGCACCACUUUCCUCUCUCACACCUUCAGCACACUCAGAGCGCUGGUUGUCAAGUUUGGAGACUUGUUGUUUGAGGAGGAGGCGGAGCAGUGUGCCGACCUGUGCCAGAAGGUGCUUCAGUACUGCAGCAGCCCUCUCGACGAGAACAGGAGCCAGGCCUGUGCAACCCUCUACGUUAUCAUGAGAUACAGCUACAGUACCGCCAGUAACUUCUCAAGAGUCAAGAUGCAGGUCACCAUGUCUCUGGCCUCGCUGGUGGGCAAAUCGUCCGACUUCCAGGAGGAAUACUUACGACGCUCUCUCCGCACCAUCCUUGCCUACGCGGAGGAGGAUGGAGAGAUGCAGAGCACUCAGCUGCCCUCGCAGGUGGAUGAGCUUCUGAGAAACCUUAACAGUAUUUUGUCAGACACGGUUAAGAUGAGGGAGUUCCAGGAAGAUCCAGAGAUGCUCAUGGACCUCAUGUACAGGAUAGCAAAGGGCUACCAGACGUCUCCUGACCUCCGUCUGACCUGGCUGCAGAACAUGGCGGAGAAGCACAACAACAGGAAGUGCUACACUGAGUCGGCCAUGUGUCUGGUCCACGCCGCUGCCCUGGUGGCCGAGUAUCUCAGCAUGCUGGAGGAUCACAAGUACCUUCCUGUUGGCAGCGUCACCUUCCAGAACAUCUCCCCCAACGUGCUGGAGGAAUCGGCGGUGUCGGAUGACAUCCUGUCUCCAGACGAGGACGGAGUGUGUUCAGGACGCUACUUCACCGAGAGCGGCCUGGUGGGACUGCUGGAGCAGGCGGCGGAGCUCUUCAGUAAUGGUGGUCUCUACGAGGCAGUGAAUGAGGUCUACAAGAUCAUCGUACCGAUCCUAGAAGCUCACAGAGAUUUCAGAAAACUGGCCUCCACUCACGACAAGCUGCAGAGAGCCUUUGAUAACAUCAUUCAAAGGGGCCACAAGAGGAUGUUUGGAACCUAUUUCCGGGUGGGAUUUUAUGGGGCCAAGUUCGGCGACCUGGAUGGACGGGAAUUCAUUUACAAGGAGCCAGGGAUCACACAUCUGCCUGAGAUAUCACACAGGCUGGAGAACUUCUAUAAUCAAUGUUUUGGAGAGGACACAUUGGUGAUGAUCAAAGAUUCUACACCAGUGAACAGGGAACAGUUAGACCCCAACAAGGCAUAUAUCCAGAUCACCUAUGUGGAGCCCUUCUUUGAUGACUAUGAGAUGAAAGACCGGAUGACAAACUUUGAGAAGAACUUCAACCUGCGGCGCUUCAUGUACACCACGCCUUUCACCAAGUGUGGACGACCGCGGGGUGAGCUCAACGAGCAGUACAAGAGGAAGACCAUCCUCACCACCAUGCAUGCUUUCCCCUACGUCAAAACGCGCAUCAACGUCAUCCAAAAAGAGGAGUUCGUCCUGACUCCUAUUGAGGUGGCCAUAGAGGACAUGCAGAAGAAGACUAGAGAGCUAGCCGUGGCCACACAUAGAGAACAGCCUGAUGCUAAGAUGUUACAGAUGCUGCUGCAAGGCUCUGUGGGAGCUACUGUUAACCAGGGCCCAUUGGAGGUGGCCCAGGUCUUCCUGAAUGAGAUCCCAGCGGACCCAAAGCUCUUCCGUCACCAUAAUAAACUGCGCCUGUGUUUCAAAGAGUUUAUAAUGAGGUGUGGUGAGGCAGUUGAGAAGAAUAAGCACCUGAUUACAUUGGACCAGAAGGAGUACCAGCAGGAGCUGAAGAAGAACUACAACCGUCUGAGAGAGAGCCUGAGGCCCAUGCUGGAGAGGAAGAUCCCAGAGCUCUAUAAACCCAUCAUCAGGCCCCGGCUCGAGAACAGGGACUCCUUCAAACGUCUGAGUUUCCGCAGAACUCAGGAUGAAAACUCUUGAGAUGGUACAACAUGUCUGAAGGAGAGAGUGAGAGCGACAGAGCGGAAGAGGAGGCUGUCACACAACCGAGAGAGGAAAAAGAGAAGAUGACAUGAAAGAGGACAAAAAAGAAGGGAACUGCUGGUGAUACCCUUGCACUCCUCUGCACUGGAACAGCACAUUGUUUUCAAAUUAGAGUACUCACAGUUUCCUAGCAGUCCAGUAGUGUUUGUUAACGUCCGCCUUUGUCCACUUGUAUGAUUUUGUGGUUGAUUGUUACAUGAGGCAAACAGAGACUGAGCACAUAAAGAUAAGGAGGUGGGGAUCUAAAGCAAAGUGUAGCUUAUCGAGCAUUUCACUGUAAAAUCUUCAGAUGCUGUAGCUCUGUUGAUUUCCUUUUUUUUAAGAUGAACUGCAAGUCCUUAUAAUGCUGCAACAUUUCCUCUGGGUUGGUAAAGAAGGAAUCCUUCUGAAAUCCCUGCUGUCUGUAUGUGUGCCAACCGUGCUUGUGACCUGUCUGUGUGUGUAUGUAAAUCUGUGAUUAGAUGUGUGUUUAUUUAGGUAGGGUUUGAGGUAGAAGAUUUCAGUGCCACACUGAAGUCCCUUUAUGAUCAAUGAUUCUGUUAUGUGCUAAAGGGCCUUUGGAAAUCCUACUCCGUGCGUGACAUGUGCCAGUUAGAGCAACAAGUGUAUUGAUGGAUUCGUGCACUGGACAAAGAGACACAAUUUCCUUUGUAAAUUCGAGAGACCGUUCUUGUGUUAUUCUUGUGAGGAAAAUAGUACCAAGCUGUGUAAUUAAUAGAAGAGUUUAACUUAUUGAGAGUUGUGAUUUCAAAGGAGGAAGAUGGAUGUAUCUGAGGCUCAAAAUGACUCAUUACACGGCGUAUCUCUAAUUCCACAUUUUGUACAUAAUAGAGGUAUUGAAAUAGAUAGCUACAAAGAUGUUUACAAAGGAAUGAACUAUUUUGCAUUUUGUUUUACUGAAAUGUAUUUUAGAUAAAUGAUAGCAAUAAUAAAAAAUAAUAAUUACUGGAGAUAUAAUUCAGUCGGCAGGAAUCAGUGACUGAGUGCACUGUAACAAGCUCAGUGUAUUUUUCAUUAGUUUCAGUUCAUGUUAACUAUCAUGUAAGAAGACCGCUUCCUAGGAUACAACAGUGCCAAAUUUAUUUAUAUAGGAACUAAGAUACUUAACUUGAAAAGCAAUAUUUGGAAGUCAGUCUUCACAGCUUUUUUGCAUCCUGAAUUUUGUUUAUUCCAUAUUUCAAAACACAUUCCAGAUGAGACAUUGAUGACUGCUCUCUCUGCAGUAUUAAUUAGUGAAAACUUGAUUUUAUUUGACAUCCAUUAUCUCUUAUGAUUGGUAUUAUGUUGCAGCUCAUUCAUUAAAUGUGCUUUGUGUUUCAAAAAGGGGCUGUACAUUAUUUUUUAUACACCAUUAAUACUCAUUUAAACAUUUUGCUGUGUUUCUAGGUACAUUUUCUAUUUAUGAACUGUUGAAUGUUUUUUUAAAUGGCUGAAUAUGUUAAAAAAGAAAAUAUCGAAAAGUUUUUUCAACAUGUUUAUUAAUCAUGUGUAAUAAUAAAAAGUGUACCCAUUUUUGAAACACAUGACAUAUUACUGAAGGUUGGUGUUAUUCUUUGUGACUUUCAACCACUGGUGAAUGCAUUUAUGUUUCUUCAUUUGCAUUUUAUGGUCUGACCUGUUGUUUUUAUUAAAUGUUGAUUUUUAUUUUUACUUGUUAUGCAUACAAUGCUGUUGACUCACCUUAAUAAAAACUAAUAUAUG